CAAACAAAAUGUAGCGUAAGAUGACGUGUGUCAUGUCAUAUUGUCGAUAUAUUUGUCUGAUUUGCCGAUCUUAAUUUCUAAAUACGAAAACAUCAUGUUUUACAAAUUAUCCUCUUUUAUAGCAUUAUUUCUAUUAAUAGAUGUAACAUCAGCAUUAUAUUUUCACAUAGCUGAGGGUGAAAGAAAAUGUUUUAUAGAAGAAAUCCCCGAUGACACUACAGUUAUAGUAAACUACAAAGUGGAGCUCUAUGAUCCUAGGUCAGGAGGUUUUAUGCCAUCAACACCUGGUAUUGGUAUGCAUGUAGAAGUCAGAGACCCUAAUGACAAAAUUGUACUCUCCCGUGUGUACUCAUCAGAGGGAAUGUACUCAUUUACAUCCACCACUCCCGGUGAACAUGUAAUUUGCAUGUACUCUAACAGCACAUCAUGGUUCAGCGGCUCACAGUUGAGAGUGCAUCUAGACAUUCAAGUGGGUGAGCAUGCAGUGGACUAUGCAAGUGUGGCCAAGAAGGACAAGUUGUCGGAGCUGCAGCUCAGGAUCAGGCAGUUAUUGGAUCAAGUGCAUCAAAUUACUAAAGAGCAGAGCUAUCAAAGGCAAAGAGAAGAGAGGUUCAGGCAGACAUCGGAGAGCACAAAUCAGCGUGUCUUAUGGUGGAGUCUGCUACAAACGGGCGUGCUCAUUGGUAUUGGCUACUGGCAGAUGAGGCAUCUCAAGAGCUUCUUUGAGGCUAAGAAACUAGUUUAAAUGUUGUGCUAUUUCUUUGUAAUAUAAAUCCUAAAAUAAAAUAAUUUAAACAGUAGUUUUGUGUUCUGUGUUUUUUGUAAAUGAUCUGUAUUUUUCCAUUAAAUACUAUUACAGAAUAU